AUGAAUCGAGAGUCACCAUAUACACGCUCCCCAUCCAAUGCGGACUCGGUCAGAUCGGAUAGUAAGUGGGGGAAAUGGCAUUGGGAUUACAGCCCAGUGCCGCAGCCACGAACUGCAGAUCAAGAUCUCUCCCUCAUCUUGACCAACAAGAGAAGUCGAACUAAACCCACACGGUUUCCGGAGCGUGAAGUCUAUAGCGGCGAGACAGGCGAGCCUCUCCACGACCAGGAGGCGCCGAAAAGCCGAAAAAAGCCAAACUUGGCGGUAGAGAUCCACCUCGCUGAUUAUCAUUCAAAGAUCGAGUCAUCCAUUCGCGAAAAGAAUGAUUUGGGCAGUGAGAGAGCCGCCUUGGUAUCAGAUCGAAAGGACACCGAGAAAACUACAGUAUCGGCUAUCGAAACCACUCAACAGGGCGGUGAUGAGCCAUCAUGUGAAGUAAAACUCCUUAAGCAUCAGAUUGAUCUCCUAGCCACACGGCACAGCCAUAUGUUGAAAAGUUUGGAAGAUCAACUUCUAAUCUUAAAGGAUGAAAACUCAAAACUCUACGGACAUCUGGAAUGGUACCGUAAAAUGGAAAAGGCCAAAGCAGACUACCCCGAUGGGGAUGUGGACAACGUUAAAGAGUUGAACGCGGAGCUUGAGCGAAAAGACAGCGAAAUUGGGGAGAAGAUCAAGCAGAAUGAGUGUCUCACAGAACAACUUAACUCAAACGAGGGAUUGAACAGCAUCCUGAAAGACUUCAAAUCCGGCCACGUUGUGGCUACGAGAUUUGUAGAGGAAAUGGUCAAACUUGAAACAAACACGUCUAGAGCUGCCCGCGUCCUCGUGCAAUGUUUGUCUGGCCCUAAGAUAGCAGAACUAGGGAUGCUGCCUAGAGGAAGGACGAAGCUUGAUUCACUGGUCAAAAGUACAGUUGGUACAAUGGAUCUACUGUCGACGUACCCCAAAUUGGCAAUGUGUGCCCUUAUUUCUGGAUUUAUUCGAGAUCAAGUCUUUCAUGCAGGCUGUUGGGCUACUCUUGCUCAAGAGGGAUACAUGUUGAGGGGCUAUCAAGAGAUCAUUCAUAAAAGCUUUCCCCAGGGCACCAUUGAAGGCUUUCAUAGAGCUGCCAUCGAGGUGAUGCUGGAGCAAAACCAUCAGUUUCGCGAUUGCUGGGUUCAAUCUCAAGUGGAAAACGCACAGUGCACAUUUCUAAAUCUUUGCAAUUCAUUUCUCGAUGAGAGCAAAGUAAAGGAUGCAGAAAAGGACAUAAAAGAGGCCUUGAACCGUCUUUUGACAGACGCAUUCUAUUUCCGUGCCCGUUGCAUACCCCCCAAUGGUAGCCACUACGAACUGAUACACUUUGAGCCAGGAGAUGUAUUUGAUUCAAAUUUUAUGGACGCAUGGGGAGUGGAUGGUACGCCUAUUUCCGUUUCCGAUGAGAAAAUUCAGCUGAUUAGGCUUUGUGUUCAUGGGUGUCUGGUUGCUCAUGCAAUUGAGGUGAAUUCGAUUGGCGCAGGCUCUCCCAACACGCUCGGCCAAAACUUCAUCUCCACAAUGGAUGAAGGUAUUAGUACUACGGGAGGGGGUGUUUUGAAGAGCGAGAAAGCCAUUGUGUUGUUAGGUGAUAAUCUCGAGCCAUGA